AUGCUUCCCCGUCAGCCGUAUCGUGGAUCAGUCCGCAAAUUGGUCCUUGCCUUCGACGUAGGCACUACAUACAGUGCAAUUUCCUACUGUAUACUUGAUCCUGGAGAGGUUCCAAAGAUCGAGCCUGUCACUAGAUAUCCAGCUCAAGAGCACAGCGGAGGGAAUUCGAAAAUACCCUCUAUACUCUACUACGAUUCAAAUGGAACUGUCCGUGCUAUCGGCGCUGAAGCCCGACAGGAGCACAUUGUCGAAAGGGCUGAAGAAGAAGGAUGGACGAAACUUGAAUGGUUUGUUUCGCAAAUAAUGGAGAAUUUGGCCGCCAACCAUAUCACCGACGAUGACAUCCCACCACUUCCACGAGGCAAAAAUGCCGUUGAGGUUCUUGGCGACUUCAUGCAAUACCUCUUUCGUUGUGCACGCAGCUAUAUCGAGGAGGCUCAUCCAAGCGGAUCUCAUCUUUGGCGGUCACUCGAAAACCGCAUUGAAUUUGUCCUUACGCAUCCAAACGGCUGGGAGGGCCCGCAGCAGAAACAGAUCAGGCUAGCUGCCGCCCUUGGCGGUCUCAUUCCCAGCACAGAAGAUGGCAUGGCACGUGUCCAUUUGCUGACCGAAGGAGAAGCGAGUUUGCAUUACUGUGUCGCUAAUAUUCUGGCCUCAGAUGCAUUCUCGCCAGGCCAAGGUGUUGUCGUCAUCGAUGCAGGAGGAGGGACACUCGAUCUUAGUGCCUACUCGAUGACUUUAUCCCCGACGCUGAUCGAGGAGAUUGCUGCAGCUGAAUGUCGACUCCAGGGUUCUGUAUUUGUGACUCGUCGUGCUCACGGUCUUCUUCAAGAAAAACUAUCCGGCAGUCGUUUCGGCACACCGGAUGUAGUCCAACAAAUGACAGACAUCUUCGACAGCACCACCAAGCUUAGGUUCCGCAACCCGGAAGACCCGUCGUACAUCAAGUUUGGUACCGUCCGCGACAAAGAUCCUCAACACGAUAUUCGCAACGGUCAGCUUAAAUUGAGUGGACAAGACGUAGCGAAACUCUUUGAACCAUCCAUCAGCGGCAUCAUCGAAGCUUUCGAAAAUCAAAGAAAGGCUGCAGGAACUCCGAUCACAUUUGUAUUUUUCGUCGGAGGCUUUGCUGCAAGCGACUGGAUGUUCGCCAAGUUGCAAGCGUACUUCCAGUCGCUUGGUAUUAGCUUCAGUCGACCAGACAACCAUUGCAAUAAAGCUGUUGCAGACGGUGCUGUGUCAUAUUUCAUUGAUCAUCUUGUGUCGUCCCGUGUGUCCCGUUUCACAUAUGGCACCGAGUGCAGCGUCCCAUUCAACCCAUUCGAUAUGGAGCAUCGGGCCAGGCAAAAGGAAGGAACACGGGUCUCUGAGCAGCAAGAGUUCAGUGAGACAUUCGCUAUCCGACGGUAUAAUCAGGCCGCAUGUAACCAAGUCGAAGUCGGCAUCAUGUCGUACAGGGGCUUCCUCCUCAAACCGGAUUGGAUGGAUAUAGAGCGAAACACAUCAAAAAUUGCCGAGAAACUCACACCCAAGCGCUCCGCCGAAGGUUCCACGUAUUAUGCGAUGGAGAUCAAAGUCAUUCUUCUCCUCGGGUUGACAGAAUUGAAGGCUGUGAUCAGCUGGGAAGACGGGGUAAGUACGAUGUCGUUUCAAAGGGUUGCAACAUUGGUAACUUACUUGCUCGGAUACAGAUUCCCAGCCCAAGAACACGUCGGAGGGGACUGCAAAAUACCGUCCAUCAUAUGCUACGACCCAGAUGGCGCUGUGCGCGCCGUAGGUGCCGAAGCAAUGCAAGAAUAUAUCGAAGAGGAAGUUGAGGAAAACGGAUGGGUGAAGCUGGAAUGGUGGAAGCUUCAUCUUCGUCCUAGAACGAUGGCGUCCUCUCAUAUCACAGACCAAGACAUCCCGGCCCUCCCGCGGAACAAGACUGCCAUCCAAGUCCUCGCCGACUUCAUGCACUACCUGCACCAGUGCGCCAAGAAGUACAUUAAGGAAUCCCAGGCAAACGGCGAGGAUAUGCUGCGCUCUGUCGAGCACACGACUGAGUUUGUCCUCAGCCACCCGAAUGGAUGGGAGGGGCCGCAGCAGACGCAGAUCCGCAAUGCAGCGGUCAUGGCGGGGCUCGUACCUGAUACGCCAGAGGGCCGGUCAAGGAUCUAUCUCGUCACGGAGGGCGAGGCAAGUCUUCACUAUUGCCUUGGUAGUGGUCUCGCCGCCGACGGGUUUCAAGACGACGAGGGCGUGGUUAUUGUCGACGCUGGUGGAGGAACGAUCGACGUCAGUGCAUAUCACAUGGCAACAGCGCCAUCCUUCGAGGAGAUCGCACCUGCAGAGUGCCGCUUGCAAGGAUCCAUCUUCGUAAGCCGUAGGGCUAAGGCAAUGCUCCGAGAGAAACUCCGUGGAUCACAGUUCGGAGGCGACGAUAUGGUUUCUCAUAUGGCCGCGAUUUUCGACUCAACAACAAAGCAACGUUUCGGCAACGAGAACGACCCAGCAUACAUCAAAUUUGGUACCACCAAGGACAAGGACCCUAGUUUCAACAUCAGGUCCGGGCAGUUGAAGUUAAUGGGAUCCGAUGUAGCAACGUUAUUCGAGCCGUCUGCAUUGGCUAUAAUCGAAGCUAUUGAGGAGCAGCGCCAUGUUGCAACCAAAACCAUCAGAACCGUUUUCCUCGUCGGCGGUUUCGCAGCUAGUGAAUGGCUUUUCACGAGGCUGCAAAACCAUCUAAGACCAUUGGGGCUCGAUUUUUGUCGGCCUGACAGUCACACGGCUAAGGCGGUCGCGGAUGGCGCCGUAGCGUUUUUCCUGGAUCAUCGCGUCUCUGCACGUGUUGCCAAGUUUACGUAUGGUACACGCUGUGCGACACAAUUCGAUAGGAACGAUCCUCAACACAAGCUGCGUGCCAGUAUGGCCGUCCCACGCCCAUCAGGCAGGACAGUCCUGCCUAAUGCAUUCAGCGCAAUUCUGACCAAGGGCACGGCUGUAUCUGAGACGAAAGAGUUUAGCAAGAACUUCAUUACGGAGGUAGUAGACCGCUCUGCAUGCGAUAUGAUUACCACGGAGAUAGUGUGUUACAGGGGUGACAGCCCCAAUCCACGAUGGACAGACUCGGAACCAGGCAUGUUCUCGACCUUGUGCAAUGUACACGCGGAUACCUCGAAAGUAGCACGCACCAUCAGCCCGCGACGGGGUUAUGCUGGGCUGCAGUUCUUUCGCCAGGAGUUCAGUAUCGUCCUCAUGUUUGGCCUGACGGAGCUGCAGGCGCAACUUUCCUGGAAAGAAGAUGUAAGUGCCUCCCGUGAUCUUGCGCCAAGAUGGGUGAUAUUGAUGCAUGCGCGACGUUUAGGGGGUUGA